AUAAAGUACUACAACUUGCGCGCGGCGAAACGGUUAUGGACUCCACACUACACUGGUGAAGAAUAAACUCCCUAAGUAAUUAUUACAAUGGAGCUACCAUCAAACCCAGAGGAGCCCACGUCCGUUAUUCGAAUAAUGAAAGAUUUUGAUGAGUUCACGAAGAGUGGAAAGACAAGAAGAUCUCAGUUAUCAACAAGGAGCAACUUAGGAAGAGUCUCAGUGUUGGACUCAUUGAAGUUUGAUCUUGAUGAAAGUAGCGAUAAACCACCAAGAGAAAGGGAAAUAAGUAAAGACAAAGAAGUUGAGCUUUUGACUGCAAAAGCAAAGGUUAUUAAUCUUGAGAAGCAGCUGAAAACAUUUGAAACAGAUAGAAAACGGGCAAGAAUUGAGUAUGAGAGAGAAAUACUUGAAAAACAGAGAAAAGUCAUGAAGGUUGAAGAAAACUACCAUGACCUGCAUAAAGAAAUUGAUUAUGUCUUGGAGAAGGAAAAAAAUGCCAGGGAAGAAGUAACAAAUUUGAAGAAGAAGAUUGAAGCAUUAAAUGACAAAUACAACAAAGAUGUUGAUGAAGUGAGGAAAGAAAACAUGAAAUAUAAAAAGGAAAUUGAAGAGUUCAAGGAAUAUCACAGAAGAGAGGUUAAUGCCCUUCUUGACCGAACAAAUGAAAAUGAAGUCAUCUACUAUAAAAACAAAAUGGAGGAUUUCAAAGCUCAGUUAGAGCUUCUUCAAAGCAAAUUAUCAAGGCAUGCAGAUGUUAUGAAAGAAAAUGAGAAACUAUCAGAUAGAGUGAGGCAUGCAGAGCACAAAUGGAAGUCAGCAGAGGAAAAGAUUUUACAACAUGAGGAAGCAUUUGUUGUGGCAAAGACAAUGCAAAAUCAGCUAGUUAAACUUAAUGAGUUGCGCAGACAAAAUGAUAAAUACAAAGAAGAAAACAAGCUUCUCAAGGACACUAGAGACAAUGCUGUACUUCUUCAAGAAAAAUAUGAUGCAAUGAAAGGCAAAUAUGAUGCUGCAGUAGAAAAAAUAAAUAGUUUGUCAGUUAUAGAAGUCGAGAAUGAGGAGCUUAAAAAGAAAAUUAAAAGAUGGGAAAUUGAAGAUCCAAGUGGAGCAAAGAAAGCAAUGUCACCGUUAGAACUAACGAGGAUGAUAUCAGAUUUACAGAAAAGCCAACUGUCGAUGAUGGAGAAGCAAGGCGAUCUGCAAGCAAGUGUUGCGAUCAAAGAUAACGCCCUCCAGAAUGUAACCCAGAAGUAUAGUGAUUUGAAAGAUCAGUUUCUGGAAUUACAGGAGAAGGAAAGACAAGAAAGUGAGAAAUGCCAACGACUUCAAAGAAGACUUUUGCUGGUGACGGCGGAUCGGGAUGGUAUCAGAAGAAUUCUGAACAAUUAUGACACAGAGAUAUCGCCAAAUCAUUCGCAGCAACUACAAGCUAGAGUGCAAGAGGCAGAAGACCGCUUGACUGCAGCUAAUGAACUGAUUAAUACAAUGGAGACUGAGAGUGAUGAGUUGAAAAAAGAGAUGAAGUCAGAUCGUCUACUCCUUGUCAAACUUCAAGCAGAAGUCAGUGACUUGAAAAGUCGCUCAGUUGCUGCAGACAAAGAUUAUUCCGAUGUCAACGCUUUAAAAAAUCAGAUUGCGGCGCUGAAAAAGGAAAAUGAAAGUUUGCGUGAAAAAGUUGAUAUUCUAGAACUAAGAAUCGAGAAAAGACAUUUACAGGGUGAUUUCGAUCCGACGAAAACCAAAGUCGUUCAUUUUGCUGGAAACCCCGUCGCCCUCUCUCUUAAGCUUCAUGGCCAAGAGUUGGAAAACCUCAGAGACGAGAACGAAGAACUGCGCAGGAGAAUCAAAGUAUUAGAGCAAGGCACGGUAACUCAGCCUGCGCAGUUAGGUAAUGCGCAUGGCUCUGAUGAAAAAGCCAUACAAGAGCUGAAAACAGAACUCAAAAGCGCAAACUUGCAGAACCAGCGACUAAAAGAGGUGUUCGCAAAUUCGGUUCAAGACUUCCGUGAGAGCUGUUAUCAGCUGUUUGGUUACAAAAAUGACAUGAUUGGAACAAAACGGUUUAAACUUCGCUCAAUGUACGCAGAACAAGAGAACGACUACUUUAUUUUUCAGAUGACAAAAGAGCACCAAAUGGAAAUGAUUGAGACCGAAUUUUCACUCCAAUGGAAAGAAGUGAUGAAGGAUUACCUGUCACGUGGACAAUCCAUUCCAGCAUUUUUAAGCAGUGUUACACUGAACCUUUUUAGCAAACAGACUGAAAUUAUUGACACAUCGCUGGCUUGUAGGGUGUGACAUUUAUGCUCUGCUGGAGCAAACAUCUUGUUAAAAAUGGUCCUGAAACUGGUAUUUGUAAGCUCCAUAUAUGCUCGGAUUUUGCACAUCACAAGGUGUUGAUUAAGGAAGGAGUUAGCUGGAAAACAAAGUUUAAAAUUUUGAAGUGUUUCUCCUAAUUUUGUCACAUGAUAUUUCCUUAACAUCUUGCAUAUUUGGGAAAUUUUGUGACAACAUUUCCAAUAUAUAUAGCGACAUAAUGCUACAGCUUGGGAAAUUUGUGCCAUUCCGUCUGUCAAUGUUGAAUGACAAUGUGGUCAUGUCAUCAGAGCAUUUUCUGCAAAACCUUGUGUCCUGCAGUAGCCCCUAUCAGCAGUGAGGAGAAAUUUUCAUCCACUUUACAGUGAGUAUCUAUUAAGCAAGUUUUAAAAUUUUGAGUAAAUUUUUGCAUGCUUUAAACAUCGAUAUUAAGUUUUGAACAUAUAUAACAACAUACAUCAAGUUGUUAAUUUUUUAUUUAUGAAUAUGUAACUUUUCAUUCAUUUUUGUGUUUAUCGAAACUCUUUUUCAACUGUAUACACACAUUUGCAUACAUAAGUUGUGUGAGUGCAGAAUUCUGUACAGUAGGCAUACAGAUUAAUGAUGUUGAUUCGUAGCUUAUAUAAUCAAAACUUACUAAAUCAUCA